UCAGAAGUCCGCGGUCAGAGUUCCCACGAGCGGCAAAGAGAAGAGACGCUCUCGAGAUUGCUGGGAUUUAUUUAUUAAACUAAUAUACGGAUAUUUAUUCAAAUUCUUUUGCACUUUUUGGAGAUCUGAGAAGACUUUCUGGGGAUCUAUGAGAACUUCAAGAAGGAUUUUACAGAAGUUGUAACGCCGAAGCGGAGUUAUGUACCGUUUCUGGGUGAAAUUAACGCUACUGACGGCAGCAUCGCUCGCGACUGUGGUACAAGGUCAGAGAUGCUUGGAGUAUUGUCAGAACGGAGGAAUUUGCGAGCUCAAGCCAAGUGGAGACGCAUCAUGCAGGUGUCCUGCAGACUUUGUCGGCCCCCAGUGUCAGUUCCCAAAUCCAUGCAGCCCGUCGCCAUGUCGUAACGAAGGUGUGUGCCGUGCACGGACGCAGGGGAAUGACGUGGAGGUUACCUGCGACUGCGUGUUGGGAUACAGUGGGCCGCUCUGUCUGACACCUGUCAAUCACGCCUGCAUGAGCAACCCCUGCCGAAAUGGAGGGACUUGCUCUCUGCUCACACUCGAGACCUUUACCUGCCGCUGCCCACCUGGAUGGUCAGGUAAAACGUGCCAACAAGCUAACCCAUGUGCGUCAAACCCUUGUGCCAACGGAGGGCAGUGUUCUGCUUUUGACUCGCACUACAUCUGCACCUGCCCUCCAAACUUCCACGGCCAGACGUGUCGGCAAGACGUGAACGAGUGCGCGCUCUCACCCUCACCCUGUCGGAACAGAGGAACCUGUAUCAAUGAGGUGGGCUCGUAUCGCUGUCGGUGCCCACCUGAGUAUGCGGGCACACAAUGUGAGCGGCUGUACCACCCGUGCCAUCCAUCACCCUGCAGGAACGGGGGCACAUGCUUACAGACCGGUGAAACCAGCUACACCUGCUCCUGUGUACAAGGGUUCACGGGUCAAACUUGUGAACACAACAUUGAUGACUGCACCCAGCAUGCCUGUGAGAACGGCGGCAGAUGUAUAGACGGAGUCAACACCUACAACUGCCACUGCGACAAACACUGGACCGGUCAGUACUGUAAGGAGGACGUAGAAGAGUGCGAACUCUCACCUAACGCUUGUCAAAACGGAGGAACGUGUCACAACACCAUCGGCGGGUUCCACUGCGUUUGCGUGAACGGCUGGACGGGAGAUGACUGCAGUGAGAACAUUGAUGACUGCGCCAGUGCAGCAUGUUCCCAAGGUGCCACCUGCCACGACCGAGUCGCAUCCUUCUUCUGCGAGUGUCCGCAUGGACGCACGGGUCUUCUGUGUCACCUUGAUGAUGCGUGCAUCAGUAAUCCGUGCCAGAAGGGCUCAAACUGUGACACGAACCCGGUUAGCGGAAAAGCCAUUUGCACCUGUCCGCCCGGUUAUACGGGAUCUGCCUGCAACCAAGAUAUUGACGAGUGCUCGCUUGGGGCAAACCCAUGUGAGCAUGGCGGACGUUGCCUUAACACCAAAGGCUCGUUCCAGUGCAAGUGUCUUCAAGGUUACGAAGGGCCGCGUUGCGAAAUGGACGUGAACGAGUGCAAGUCAAACCCCUGCCAGAACGAUGCCACCUGCCUCGAUCAAAUUGGUGGAUUCCACUGCAUCUGCAUGCCAGGUUAUGAGGGUGUGUUUUGUCAAAUAAACACUGACGAUUGUGCAUCACAGCCUUGCCUCAACAACGGAAAAUGUAUUGACAAGAUCAACUCGUUCCACUGUGACUGCCCCAAAGGUUUCUCUGGGAAUUUGUGUCAGGUGGACGUGGAUGAGUGUGCCAGCACACCAUGUAAAAACGGUGCUAAGUGCACAGACGGACCGAACAAAUACACCUGCGAAUGCACACCAGGUUUUGCCGGCGCUCACUGUGAGUUGGACAUCAACGAGUGUGCGUCAAGUCCGUGUCAUUACGGAGUGUGUAGGGAUGGUGUGGCUGCGUUCACCUGUAAAUGUCACCCUGGAUACACCGGUCGACUGUGUGAGACCAACAUUAAUGAGUGUUUGAGCCAGCCGUGUCAUAAUGGAGGAACCUGCCAGGACAGAGAGAACGCAUACACCUGUACCUGUACUAAAGGAACCACAGGUAUCAACUGUGAGAUCAACACUGAUGACUGCAAGAGUAACCCAUGUGACUACGGCAAAUGCAUUGACAAGAUAAAUGGCUACGAGUGUGUGUGCGAGCCCGGAUACACAGGUUCAAUGUGUAACAUCAACAUUGACGACUGCGCGUUGAACCCCUGUCAUAAUGGGGGCACCUGCAUCGAUGGAGUCAACUCCUUCACCUGUCUCUGUCCGGAGGGUUUCCGUGAUGUCACCUGCCUUUCUCAACACAACGAGUGUUCCAGCAACCCCUGUAUCCACGGCAACUGUCAGGACCAGAUCAACAGCUAUAAGUGUGUGUGUGAGGCGGGCUGGAUGGGUCGCAACUGUGACAUCAACAUCAACGAGUGUUUGUCGAACCCGUGUGUUAACGGAGGCACCUGUAAGGACAUGACCGGCGGAUACGUGUGCACCUGCAGAGUUGGCUUCAGCGGUCCUAACUGCCAGACUAACAUUAAUGAGUGUGCAUCCAACCCCUGCCUGAACCAGGGCACCUGUAUCGACGAUGUGGCUGGAUUCAAGUGUAACUGCUUACUGCCUUACACGGGUGAGGUGUGUGAAAGUGUCUUGGCCCCCUGUGCACCACGCCCUUGUAAGAACGGAGGCGUGUGUCGUGAAUCGGAAGAUUUUCUGAGUUUCUCUUGUGCCUGCCCUGCUGGAUGGCAAGGUCAGACGUGUGAAGUGGACAUUAAUGAGUGUGUGAGGAAUCUUUGUACUAACGGAGGAGUGUGUGAGAACUUGCGUGGUGGAUUUCAGUGCCUAUGUAACCCGGGAUUCACUGGAGACCUGUGCGAGACCGAUAGUGACGACUGCGCACCGAAUCCUUGCAGUAACGGCGGUGUGUGUCAGGACCGUGUGAAUGGAUUUGUGUGUGUGUGUUUGGCUGGUUUCCGCGGAGAGCGCUGCACAGAGGACAUUGACGAGUGUGUUAGUGCCCCCUGCCGCAACGGAGGGAACUGCACCGACUGUGUCAACAGCUACACCUGCAGCUGUCCUGUUGGAUUCAGCGGCAUCAACUGUGAGAUCAACACAUCGGACUGCACUGAGAGCUCAUGUUUUAAUGGCGGCACAUGUGUGGACGGCAUUAACUCAUUCUCCUGCGUGUGUUUGCCGGGAUUUACCGGAAAUUACUGCCAGCACGAUGUGAACGAGUGCGACUCGCGGCCAUGCCAAAAUGGAGGCACCUGUCAGGAUGGAUACGGCACCUACAAAUGCACCUGCCCGCACGGCUACACCGGACUCAACUGCCAGAGUCUGGUCCGCUGGUGUGACUCCACCCCCUGUAAGAACGGUGGCUCGUGUUGGCAGCAGGGGGCGUCUUUUACGUGCCAGUGUGCCAGUGGCUGGACGGGCAUCUACUGUGACGUGCCCAGUGUCAGCUGUGAGGUCGCCGCCCAACAGCAAGGUGUGUCCGUGACGGUUCUGUGUCGUAAUGCGGGACAGUGUGUUGACGUUGGGAACACGCACCUGUGCAGUUGUCAGGCCGGAUACACGGGCAGCUACUGUCAGGAGCAGGUGGAUGAGUGUAUGCCGAACCCCUGCCAGAAUGGAGCCACCUGCACCGAUUACCUGGGAGGAUACAGCUGUGAGUGUGUUCCUGGAUAUCAUGGUGUGAACUGCAGUAAGGAGAUAAACGAGUGUUUGUCACAACCCUGCCAGAAUGGAGGAACUUGCAUCGACCUUGUCAACACGUACAAAUGCUCCUGCCCACGAGGAACACAAGGUGUUCACUGUGAGAUUGAUGUUGAUGACUGUUCCCCGGCUGUGGACCCGUUAACCGGCGAGUCGCGGUGCUUCAACGGCGGGCGUUGCGUGGACCGUGUUGGCGGUUACGGGUGCGUGUGUCCAGCCGGUUUUGUCGGCGAGCGCUGUGAGGGUGACGUUAACGAGUGCUUGUCUGACCCCUGUGACCCCAACGGAUCCUACAACUGCGUCCAGCUUAACAACGAUUUCCGCUGCGAGUGUCGUACAGGAUACACGGGCAAACGCUGUGAAACUGUGUUUAAUGGCUGUAAAGACACACCUUGCAAAAAUGGAGGAACGUGUGCUGUUGCCAGCAACACUAAACACGGAUACAUCUGUAAAUGUCAGCCGGGUUACUCUGGCUCCUCCUGCGAAUACGAUGCCCAGUCCUGCGGCUCUUUGCGUUGUCGUAAUGGUGCUACCUGCGUCUCUGGCCACUUGAGUCCACGUUGUCUCUGCCCACCUGGCUUCAGCGGGCACGAGUGCCAAACACGGAUGGACUCACCCUGCCUGACCAACCCCUGCUACAACGGAGGCACCUGCCAACCAAUCAACGAGGCGCCGUUCUACCGCUGUUCCUGCCCUGCCAACUUCAACGGGCUGCUUUGCCACAUCCUCGACUACUCCUUCAAUGGUGGGCAGGGCCGUGACAUAGCCCCGCCUCCAGAGGUGGAGAUCCGAUGUGAAAUCGCUCAGUGCGAAGGCAGGGGUGGAAACGCAAUCUGUGAUACACAGUGUAAUAAUCAUGCUUGUGGGUGGGACGGCGGCGACUGCUCUCUGAAUUUCGACGACCCAUGGCAAAACUGUAGCGCCGCCCUGCAGUGCUGGAGGUACUUUAAUGACGGAAAAUGCGAUGAGCAGUGCGCUAACGCUGGCUGCCUUUACGAUGGAUUUGACUGCCAAAGACUAGAAGGACAAUGCAAUCCGCUGUAUGAUCAAUACUGUAAGGAUCACUACGCGGAUGGUCACUGUGAUCAGGGCUGUAAUAACGCAGAGUGUGAAUGGGACGGUCUCGACUGCGCUGAGGACGUUCCUCAGAAACUUGCUGUGGGAAGUCUGGUUCUCGUGGUCCAUAUCCCACCCGAGGAGCUUCGCAACCGUUCCUCAUCGUUCCUUCGCGAGCUCAGCAGACUGCUGCAUACGAACGUAGUGUUUCGUCGCGACACUAAUGGAGAAACACUCAUUUUCCCGUACUAUGGUAACGAGCAUGAGCUGAGUAAACACAAACGUGCUGAUUGGACUGACCCUGCCCAGCUGUUGCAGCGUGCCAGGAGGAGCCUGACGUCAUUUAUAAAGCCACGCCUGCGUCGAGAGCUGGAUCAAAUGGAGAUCAAAGGGUCUAUUGUCUAUUUAGAAAUCGACAAUCGUCAGUGUUAUCAGCAAUCUGACGAGUGUUUCCAGAGCGCUACAGAUGUGGCAGCGUUUUUAGGAGCAUUGGCCUCUAGCGGGAAUCUCGAUGUUCCUUACAUCAUUGAGGCAGUCACCAGUGAGGGUGAAUCUCCGAAGGCAGCUGAGAUGUACCCCAUGUUCCUGGUGCUGCUUGCUUUGGCCAUUUUGGCACUGGCCGCUGUGGGCGUUGUGAUGUCCAGGAAGCGCAAACGGGAACAUGGACAGCUCUGGUUUCCCGAGGGAUUUAAAGUGACAGAACCCAAAAAGAAACGAAGAGAACCAGUGGGAGAGGAUUCUGUCGGACUCAAGCCUCUGAAACACUCUGACAGCGCUCUAAUGGACGAACAGUUGAACGAGUGGGCAGAAGAUGACACCGCUAAACGCUUCAGGUUUGAGGAGCAGUCCAUUCUAGACAUGACGGGCCAGUUGGAUCAUCGUCAGUGGACACAACAGCAUCUGGAUGCCGCUGACUUGCGUUUGAACUCUAUGGCUCCAACGCCUCCACAAGGAGAAAUUGAGAAUGACUGCAUGGACGUCAACGUCCGCGGGCCUGACGGCUUCACUCCGCUAAUGAUUGCAUCGUGCAGUGGUGGCGGUCUUGAGAAUGAAAAUGGCGAGGGAGAAGAUGAUCCGUCCACUGAUGUCAUCACUGACUUCAUCUACCAUGGUGCCAACCUACACAAUCAGACAGACCGCACGGGUGAGACCGCGCUGCACCUGGCUGCCCGCUAUGCCCGCUCCGAUGCAGCCAAACGCCUGCUGGAGUCGAGCGCUGAUGCUAACGUUCAGGAUAACAUGGGCCGCACGCCUCUCCACGCUGCAGUUUCCGCUGAUGCCCAGGGUGUCUUCCAGAUUCUGAUCCGGAACCGAGCGACAGAUCUGGACGCCCGCAUGCAUGACGGAACAACCCCGCUGAUCCUGGCCACCCGAUUGGCUGUUGAGGGAAUGGUGGAUGAGCUCAUUAACUGCCAUGCAGAUCCAAAUGCUGUUGAUGAUUCUGGCAAAUCAGCUCUUCACUGGGCGGCUGCAGUUAAUAAUGUAGAUGCUGCUGUCUUUCUUUUGAAAAAUGGUGCAAAUAAAGACCUACAGAAUAACAAGGAGGAGACGCCUCUAUUCCUGGCCGCUCGCGAGGGCAGUUACGAAACCGCUAAAGCCCUGCUCGAUCACCUGGCUAACCGUGACAUUGCCGAUCACCUGGAUCAACUUCCACGAGACAUCGCACAGGAACGCAUGCACCAUGACAUCGUCCGUCUAUUGGAAGAAUACAACCUGGUCCGCAGUCCACAACUGCCUCUAUCGCCGCCCCUCUGCUCACCAAACACCUACUUGGGCAUCAAACACAGUCCGGGCGGUGCCAACAACACCACCACGGGCAAGAAGUCGCGGAAACCGGGAGGUAAAGGUGUAGGAGGGAAGGAUGGAGGUAAAGAGUUGAGAAUUAAAAAGAAGAAGAAUGAGGGCAAGAAUGGAGGCAUCAUGGAAGUGGGCGUUCUCUCGCCAGUCGAUUCGCUGGAGUCGCCGCACGGUUACCUAUCAGAUGUCUCCUCGCCACCCAUGAUGAAGUCACCGUUUCAGCAGUCCCCGCCCAUCACUUUGAAUCAACUCCAAGGACUGGCUGACUCCCACAUGGGCGGAGCUCAUCAGAGCAUGGGCAAGCCAUUUGACCCCGCCCCUCCACGCUUAUCCCAUCUCCCAGUGGCUAACAAUGGGGGUGGGGCUCAAACGGGGGCUUGUGAUUGGCUACAGAGGGUGCAACAGCAGGCAGGUUUCCAGGCCCUUAUACCCACAAUGCACCCUGCUGCGUCCAUGCCGCAGAUCAUGGGCUAUCCGAUGAUGCAAAGCAGCCAUCUCGGCACGCCAUCGCACAUGAUGCAUAACCACGCCCACCAGAAUAUUGUGACCAUGCAGCACCAAAACUCUAGCUCCGCCCUCUCGCACCACUUCCUGGGAGACCUGAGUGGGCUGGACCUCCAGUCCAGCUCAGGACAUGCCCCCAUCCAGACCAUCCUGCCGCAGGAGACCCAGCGCAUGGCUCCGCCCCUUUCUAGCACGCAAUUCCUAACUCCGCCUUCUCAACAUAGUUAUUCCAACCCCAUGGACAACACGCCCAACCACCAACCACAAGUUCCUGACCACCCUUUCCUCACGCCCUCUCCUGGCUCUCCUGACCAAUGGUCUAGCUCGUCUCCACAUUCCAACUUGUCUGAUUGGUCAGAGGGAAUCUCAAGCCCACCUACCAGUAUGCAGAUGAACCAUAUACCUGAGGCCUUUAAGUAGGCGGGGCUUCAGCAUUGAGAAGCUAGUUGCAAAAGGACUGAAUUUAUGGAAUAGACUUUUUAAAUGAUUUUAUAUAAUGCUAAGAACCAUUUUUUAUUCAUUUGUGUAUUUAUUUAUGUGCUUUUUUUAAUUUUUUACUACAGAUAUGAGAUCAUUUUGUUUUUUUUAUUUAUACCACUUAUUUCUGUUCUGCUCUGAAAAUAAUUUAGAAAGUUAUUAUAAUGCCAGAAUAUUAUUUUAAUUAAUGUUAGUGUUUUUGUUUUGAAUUAAAAUUUCAGUAUUAAUUAGACUUUUUUUAUGGGCAUUUUUUUUUUUUUUAACCAAAAUUUUAGAUUUCUUUGAACAAAAGUAGAAAAAGAGUCUUAAUAUUGUGAUGUAACGCUUGGAUGUAUUCAUAUGGACACGUGCACACAUACAUUUACACAUGUCCUCUACAAAUGUGUUUUUGUACAUGAUAGAGUGUCAUUUAUGACUGAGUUAUGCUAUGUUAUUGAGUAUUGUCUGUAGACACUGUUCACUGAACACAAGCCGUCGUAAGGUUUGAGACGGAACUGUUCUGAGUGGUGUAGAACCCAAAUGUUUAUCCCAUGGUACCUCUCUUAAGGUGUUUUGGGGAACUUUUUUCGUAUGUAGCGUAGUGAUCACUGUUAUUUAUUGCCUGCUGUAGACAUGUAGUACAUAUUGUAGACAUGUAUAUGAUUUUGUUUGUGUGCGAGAGAGAGACAGGGAGAGAUGGGUAAAACAGUGCAGAUGUGUGUGUCACAAUGUGAUGACAUAAUCAGGUUCCAGACUUAGUCUGUGUUUUAAAAAUGCAGAUCAAAUGUUGUAAUGUUACUGAUGACGUGGAAAAGACCUCAAUGCUUGUAGUUUGUAAAAAAAAAAAAAAAAAAAAAAAAAAAUUUUGUUCAAUGAUUUUGUAAAAUACCCAUUCUUGACACAAUAAAAGACACUGUUUGGUGACAUUACUUUUUAAAA